AUGUCUUUGCAUAUCUAUAUCGCUCACUCCGGUGAGCAUCUACUGGCUGAUCCAGUAGCCUUUGCUUCCCCUGAUGCACUGAAAUCUUGGGUCGUACGACAUACUUCGAUUCCUCCUCCUAGGCAGAUCUUGAUGACUGCCCGAGGAAAGAAUGUGAAGACGCAGACUCUCGCCACUGAGACUGAAAUAUUUGUGUACGACCGACAAUAUGUGAGCGAAUCCGGUGAAAUCGAACUCCCGACGCUUCCUGCACCCGAACCCUUUCAGCCAGGUAGUCCCCCGGCGUCCCUUACCGACCAGAACGACCUGCAGGCAUGGCGGAAUCUCUUUAUGGCAAGGAAGACAUGGGCUCAGGGUCUUUCCAGUCGUUGCGAGACGAUCGACAAGAUAAUUCAAGAGCAUAACGAGCGAACUGAUGUCAUCAACCGCGCCGUGGGUGUCGCACUCGAGAACCUCAAGUCUCACGUGGGCAAUCUGGAACAAAGGCUCUCAGAGGCUCAUGCUUGGGCCUUUAAUUUGCUAGAGGAGCAGCAGAACGCUCUGGAUGGCUGGCAACAUGCUUUGGCACAGCUAGAGAAUAUCCCAGCCCGCAAGGACUUUCCUCUUCUGGGACGGCCAUCCACACCCAGGAAAGACAACAGUCGGCCGACAGGGACUCUGAAAGAUUUUGUUGAUGAAAAUGAGGUUAUACAAGCUGGAGCUGAUGCGGCUGUUGCAUCGCCGCGCUUCGCUGGACAUGUGCAAGAUAUUGAGAAGACUGUCGGUGAGAUUGCCUCGGAUACCCAACGCUUGGUUGAUGACACCCAUUCUUCCCCCGCUGAAGAGGACGAGGGCCUGCUCGCUGAGGUGGUAACCAUUGUUAAGAAGAUCGGUUCGGAUUACGAGCAUGUCCUUGGGGUUCCCAAUAAUCAGAAGAUGUUGGCAAAUAUCUCAAGGCUAGCACUGAACCAUACCCAAAACCUGCUCCCAUCUCUGUUGGCGGCUGGUUCAGAUCUUCAGCAAGCUCUCGCGCAUUCUAUUCGGCGACGUGGCGCUGCAGAGAAACAGGCUCUUCAAAACAUGCGGACUAUUUCAUUCCUGCAGUCCCGCCUGGCAGAAACUCACACCCAACUGAUCAAUCUUGACGUGAAUACCAAUGCUUUUGAAGUCAUUAACUCAGUCUUUCAGAUGCCGAUGGUCUAUGGCUCGAUUCUGAUAGAGUCUGUGCGGCGUCACGAGUGGAGCGGCAAAAUCAAGGCGGAUUCCUUGAACCUGGCAGAAGAGAUGGCUGUUCUAAGAGACGAAGAACAACGACGCCGAAAGAAAUGGGUCAAAAGCAUGGGCGAUCACAUAUCAUUUGGGGACUCUACAACACUUGGGAUUGAAGUGAAUCUCCAAGGGCAGGAUGAAGAAUGGCCCGAAGUAGCUCGGAAAGAAAUCGAGGCUUACAUAGAAGAUUUACGGUCAAAGCACGCCCUACCAAAGAUCGCAGAUGACUUAACUCAGCAAUUGAAAGACCUGGAUACACCCACACGCCAGCAAAGACGGCGAGCUAAGGCAUUCAAGAAUGGCAGCGUGUUCGAUUUGAGCCGAAGCUCUAUAUUGCUCCGUGGGGAUGAUAUGGUUCGAAGCCUGCAGGAUGAAAAGACAAAAUUGGAAGAGCGACUCAAGGGCUCCGACAGCCGGGUUCGUAAACUAGAAGAUCUCCUCCAUCGCCAAAGCCACCUCAGUCGGCCGUCCAGUGGGAAUUUUGGGCCAGAUUUUCCAAGUUCGCCCGCGUCUCCGCAUCUCGACACCCUCUCCAGGCGAUCUUCUGUUUCAUCAAGGCGGGUCUCCAUGACGCAGUCCCCGGAGGACAGAGCACUUGUGCAGCGCAUAGUCUCGCUGGAAGCCGAGCUAAUGACUGAAAGGGAAGCCGUGCAGAGACUUCAAAAAGAGGCUCAUACAGAGCGGCAGACCAAUUCCGACAAGUAUCAAGAAGCCCAGUCGACCAAGAAAGACCUCAUUGGUAAUCUUGAGGCACGGCAGCGCGAGUUCGAGGAUGAGCGAAGAUACCUUGAAGCGGAAGUGAAGAAGUGUCGGCAUCGCAAUGAGGAAAUGGAAGAGGAGCUAGAUAAGCUUAUGGACAGCCGAGACCACGAGAGACAAGAGGCUGAGGAGCGGAUUCAUCAGCUCGAGGCUGAUUUGCAAAGUGCCCACGCGAGCUCGGCCAAGGAGAUUCAAAGGGUCAAGGAUCUCGAGGAACGCAUCCGAUUUCAACAAGAGAAAGAGCAAGAGCUCCAAAAUAAGGUCAACGACCUUUUGCGCCAUAAUGACGCAUGGAGCCAGAAAGACCAAGACAACUACCAUGCUCUACAGUCAGCUUUCAUGAACCUUGCUCCUGGAGGCUCCGUGCCACUUGAACUCACUGGAGUCAUUCACGCCAUUGAGGUACUUUCCGAGGGUUUGUCCAUCCACGCUAAGACCGCGGAAGACAAUGCAUCAAAGGCGAUGGCUGAGAUCAAGUUGCUUGAAGAAAAAACACAAACGCUUCAAUCGCAAUUGGAUGAACAAGUUAAAGUCUUUGAUGGUCGUGAUGCCGAAGUGACCAAAUUGACUGAAGAACUUUCUCAAGUGCGAUCUCAAUUGGACAGUACGAAGCAGGAGCUAGAGCAGGAACGCAACAAGUUGAGUACUUUGCAUUCUCAGGUAUCGGCGGGAGAGAUUGGCUCAGAUGCGCUCCGUGAGAGAAUCGCGGAGGAGGAACGGAAACAUGCAGACCUGUCACAGAGGCUCGUCGAUGCAGAGUCCAAGGCUCAGAACUUGCAGGACAAGAAAUCUGAAUGGCAAAAGAAGGUCGAGGCUGCCUCAGAAGCAGAACGAUAUGCUCUCCACCGCUAUGAAGGCCGUGGCACUAAGUGUUACGAGACGUCCCGGCAACUUUACUCGCAGGUCGAUAAGUUGGAGCGGAUGCUUGAGCAGUUAGGGUUUGCAAUCAUCCAGCAGGACGGACGUCUUAUCGUCCAGCGAGCAUCGAAGCUUACUGCAUCGGCGUCUGGACUCGGCGAAAGUCUCGCCCAGUCUGGAAUUGUUUCUGCCAAGCCCGACACUGCACUGCUCGAGUGGAUGCGAGCCGAAACCCCAGAGGAAGAAGAUGCGAAAUUCUCGGCCUUCAUGGAAAGCCUUACUCGAUUCGAUGUUUCCACUUUUGGGGAUGUGGUUGUGAAGCGUGUGAAAGACAUUGAAUUACUCGCACGUAAGUGGCAAAAGGAAGCCCGUGGCUAUCGUGAGAAGUAUCAUCGGAUCCAAAGUGAAGCUCAUGACAAGAUCGCCUACCGAUCUUUCAAAGAAGGCGACCUGGCCCUAUUCCUUCCGACUCGAAACCAGGCCAUUCGUUCAUGGGCCGCUUUUAAUGUGGGCGCGCCGCAUUACUUCCUGCGCGAGCAAGAUUCCCACAAGCUCAACACUCGUGACUGGUUACUUGCCCGUAUUUCCAAAAUUGAGGAACGCGUUGUAGACCUUUCAAAGUCACUGAAUGGUGUUGCGCCUGAUCGGCACUCGCUUGGAGGAGCCAGCGAAGCCGCCUCCAUCGAUGAUGAGAAUCCCUUUGAGCUAUCUGACGGUCUCCGUUGGUAUCUUCUCGAUGCCGCAGAAGAGAAGCCCGGCGCACCUGCUACGCCAGGGCUCGCCAAGACAACUGUUGCAUCCACGCCCAUAGAUGCUAAAGGCAGUAUUCGCCUCAAACGUCCAACAGAAGAAAGCACUGUCGCGCAGACUCUGUCCAAAAGUCUGGAUAGCCGUCGCAAUAGUUCUAAUUCUAAACGGGGUACCCCGACGCCUUCUCAAAGAGCCAAUGACUCGACUGUCGACCUUGUUCGCCCUGAUUCUGAUGCCGACCCUUCCGCUGCUGGCUCUCAGCGCGAAUCUGCCCCAAUCUUUGAAGAGGUUCGCCGUGACCUACUCUUCGGCCCGUGA